CCACAGGGAAAGGUGGCAACCCUACUUCCGCCCCCCCAUAAAGAAAUAGGGAAUGACCAUGAAAUAGGCUAAAUGGUUAGAAGCAAGAGGCCCACUGACAUCCGAUGGGCCAGUCCGACACAGGGGAGGUUCUAGGGACGUUUGUGGCUAAACACAACAUUAUGAGGUGAAUCAGUCAGUAAUUGAUCCUAAAGGCGCCUUCGCGGGUAUCACGUCUAACUGGACUCAAUUUUAUUUUCCCGCUCUGUCUCCACAACAGCACCGCCCCCCCUGUAUCACGUGCAAGCCCUGACGUAGCGAAUCAGCGCUGACCUUUCUGUCAGCCCAUUAAGGACUAUUAAUAAUCGUUUUAGGCAACACUUAGUAUAUAUUGUAUGCGAAGUAGCCGCGGCUGUGGUUAAAUCUGGAACUUUUAUAACGCUACUCCCUCACAGAACAGCUGACGCCCUUAACUAAGAUGGCAGCGGGGACGGGUGGCGUUAUGACGUCAUAUAUAUGCGACUCUGAGGUCUCAUGGACAGUGCCGCUGCUGCGUGUUGACAUUGAAAUCCCACUUAAGGGAUCUACACUUGCCAUGUACGCAGCUAGGAAUGUGCUGGCCACAAGCAGGACAUGUAUCCGCGGCAUCACAAGCAGAUCCUUUGCUUCCAGGACAGAGGGAGAGGACAGGAUAACUCAGGCGCUAAAAGUCAAGUUUCCCAAGGCCUUGAAUGUUAGAGUAGUUGAUAUUUCAGGUGGCUGUGGAGCAAUGUAUGAAAUCCAUAUAGAAUCUGAAGAAUUUAAAGACAAACGUACAGUACAGCAGCAUAAGAUGGUGAAUGAGGCACUGCAAGAGGAGAUUAAAGCCAUGCAUGGACUGAGAAUAUUUACCACCGCUCCCAAACCCUAACGAGGACCUCAAAAGGAGAGUAGCCAAACAUGUAUCAGAAUCACAGUUACCAUGAAGUCUGUACUGCUGGAAACUAGAACACAUUCAAUGCUUCCACCUAAUAAGUGAUGCUGCACCACAGGGGAAAGAGUCAAUUAUUUAUAUAUAUUUGCUCUGUUAAAUGUUUAUCUGAAAUGUAUUUAAAAAAAAUAUAACCCAGGCUCCAAAAAAUGCUACUUGUUUUUCUUAAGAUGCACACAAUAAACUGCACACCUUGGCUUUAGAAAUCA